AUGGUUGGCCGUCUCGAAGGAAAGAUCGCCAUAGUGACUGGUGGGGGUUCGGGCUUUGGCGCUGGCAUUGCGACGAAAUUCGUCCAGGAAGGCGCCAAAGUCCUGAUUUGCGACCUGUCCGAGCAGAACGGCACCAAAGUGGCUCAAUCGCUGGGCUGCGAAUUCCUGGCCGCCGACGUCACGAAACGCUCGGACUGGGAAGCGCUGCUGAAAAAGGCCAUCGAUGACCUUGGUGGUCUGGACAUCGUCGUCAACAACGCCGGCACGACUUAUAGCAACAAGCCCACCGAGGCCGUCACGGACGCCGAGUUCGAUUUGUGCUUCAACGUCAACGUCAAAAGCAUCUACUUGUCGAGCAGUGUGCUGCUGCCGUAUUUCAUGGAGCAGAAUCGACCUGGUUGCUUUAUCCAGAUUGCUUCCACGGCGGGCAUCAGGCCGCGCCCUGGUUUGACAUGGUACAACGCUUCAAAGGCUGCUGUGAGCAACGCCACAAAAACCAUGGCGGUGGAAUAUGCGCCCAAAAAGAUUCGCUUCAAUGCAGUUUGUCCUGUGGUGGGCAGCACCGGACUAACAUCCCUUUUCCUCGGGAAGCCAGACACCGAAGAGAAUCUAAAGGGCUUUGUAUCGACUAUUCCGCUCGGACGAGCAAGUACGCCUAAAGAUGUGGCAAACGCAUGCUGUUAUCUUGCUAGCGACGAGGCCGAAUUCAUCACCGGCGUUAAUCUGGAAGUGGACGGGGGGAGAUGUGUGUAA